CGACAUAAACGUUGAUCCGCGUCCAUAUGGUACCCACUCGUUUCGUCGCGGCGGGUGUCAAUUUCUGCACACGGUGCGAGGCUGGUCGUUUCGGAAGAUCUGCGACUGGGGUGGGUGGGCUGAGAAUUUCGACAACCCUGGUACCAUAUUCAAGUACCUCUUGUCUUGGAAUGACAAUCCAGCAGAGGCUCGCGAACAUUACAUGAACCCAAACAGGCCAGGCUGUGACCCUUGCUAUAGCUGCGGAAGAACUUGUCAUUGUGGUUAACUAGAUACUUACAAUACAUGUCAUCGUGUCUCAACUAGUGAAUAAGCGGUGAUAUAAAAAACGCAGCGCGGUGGGGGCAGACCCAUCUACUCGUGGUUUAUCCGACAGCCGUGGCCCAUUGGAGAUGCCCGUCUGUCAGGGUGCACAGGUGCGCACGAAGAAUAUCGUCUGUGACAAAAUGAUUCCCUAUAAUUCGAUGGUAAGUGAAAUACCGGAUAAUGAUAAAAGUGCGACGCACAAAUUCGGGGCCUGGCAAAUGAUAAGUUGCAAUACGUUGAUAGCAGUCAGGACCUGAG